AAAUACGUGGGAUUAGUGUUUAAUCCACAGAAAGAGAAGCGCCCAUGCUGUCGAACUACAUGUCCCAGUAGACUUUGCGGUCCGGGGAGGGGCUGUCGCGACCUUGGAGUGUGACGUACAGCAGCAUGGCGAGCAAGGAGCCCAAUCGCUUCGUCCAGCACCUGAGGGAUCUGGCAGGUCGGAUGUCUUCGUCUGGUGGCAAAGGGGCAGGAUUAGGACUGAAGCUGCUGCUUGGAGCUGGUGCUUUGGCAUAUGGCAUUAAAGAAGCUACCUACACAGUGGAGGGCGGUCAAAGAGCCAUCAUCUUCAACAGAAUUGGAGGGAUGCAGAUGGACACUAUUCUGGCUGAGGGGCUGCAUUUCAGGAUCCCAUGGUUCCAGUACCCUAUCAUCUAUGAUAUCAGAGCCAAACCCAGGAAGAUCUCCUCUUUGACAGGCAGCAAAGAUCUGCAGAUGGUGAACAUAGCAGUGCGGGUGUUGUCCAGGCCCCUAGCUUCAAACCUGCCGGUCAUGUACCAACACUUGGGGAAGGACUACGAUGAGAGAGUCCUGCCCUCCAUUGUCAACGAGGUCCUCAAGUCUGUGGUGGCAAAGUUUAACGCCUCGCAGCUCAUCACACAGAGAGCACAGGUGUCAUUACUGGUGCGCAGGGAGCUGUUUGAGAGAGCAAAAGACUUCAACAUUAUUCUUGAUGAUGUGUCCAUCACUGAGCUGAGCUUCAGCAGCCAGUACACUGCUGCUGUGGAGGCCAAGCAAGUUGCCCAGCAAGAGGCACAGAGAGCCCAGUUCUAUGUGGAAAAAGCCAAACAGGAUCAGAGACACAAGAUCAUCCAGGCUGAGGGAGAGGCUGAAGCUGCCAAAAUGCUGGGCCUAGCAGUUACUAAGAACCCAGGUUACCUGAAGCUGAGGCGAAUCAGAGCAGCACAGAACAUUGCAAAGACGGUGGCAUCAUCUCAGAACAAGGUGUACCUCAAUGCUGACAGUUUGGUCCUGAACCUGCAAGACCAGGCUUUUUUUAGCAUGUCACUGGGUCAAAAGAAGUGAUGAAGAGGACAUGAAGGGAGGCAGUAAGACUGUCCCUGUCAUCAACUCUAUCUGUACAGUCUUGGCUUGUGACAUAGGGAAUCAACAUACAUGACAAGUGUGAAUGUGGACAACAAGCCCUUUUAUUUUAUAAAACUUCUCUUCCAGGGUGGGGUGGAGGAUAAAAUCAACAAACCGUAAGGAUUGCUUUUCAGUAGAAUUUACAAUCUUUUGUGAUUUAAUAUAACAGUAAUUCACAAUAAUUAAUAUCAGUGUCUUCUGUCAGGAGGACCUGACAGGUUUUAUGUCCCACCACUUUCUCAUGUUAUUACUAUAUUUGGCAGUGUGACUGUAUUGAAUUGAACUUAAAACAGCCAAAUUAUUACAUUAACUAAAAUAUAUUUGGAAUUACAAAAAUAGUUCACUUUCAGCUAAUUUUCUAGAAUUUCCAUAUAUGAUAAUAAAGUCUGAUAAUAAAGUCUAUAAAGUGAUAA